GAGAGAGAGAGAGAGAGAGACUGACUUUGAUUCGCGUCAUACGGAAUCCGUGCACACUCGCAGGACGUCACGCGCAAAGUUCCCACAAACCGGAUUAUAUUCUGAGCGAGAUUUAGUAGCCUAUGUUUUAUAUAAACCGUGGUCGUUUAUAGGAGCGGAUGAAUUUUCUUGAGUGAGAGGCAGAGUGACAGGGAGCAUCUUUUCCUCCACAGUCCCACCGAGCUCCUCUUUUAGGGCGGACUGAUAUCGGAGCUGCGGGUCUGCUCUGUGCGUUCUAUGCGUUCAUGCGUGGAUGCUGCGCGUUACUUCUCAUUCCGGCCACUUUUGAACAUCUGGCACUGGAUAUUAAGCCGGUUUUUGGGGACUGAGUGUGUUUGUUUUUCCAGCAUGAGCGUGACCAGUGAGUGAUGGAAUGAGGGUGUAAUUAAGUGUGCCUCUCUAUAACGGAAUUUACACAUCUCCUCAUAGCACAUAUAGCUCUGCUGUAGGAUGCAGGGAUGAUGCCCGUACGGCGUGUGAAGGCUCAGCCACGUGUGUGGCCACUGAGCACAGAGCCUCCUCCCUGGGUAUGGACGAUGCCGAGUGCUGCAGGACUGUGUGCUCUGAGCUCCACUCCUCAUGCGACCCUCCUUAACUCUGCCCGACUUCUUCCUCCUCUGCGCACUGUCACGAGCUGGCAGCUCUCCUGUGAUCCGUUCUUACAGCCACUCAUCAGCCCACUUCCAGUGCCAAACGUUCAGUGGGAGCUUACAUCUAGGCCUCCCAUGCUGGGAUUUCAGCCUUCUGCGAGUGUUGACCUGGUCCCUGUGUUCCCUGUUGUGUAUCGCACUGUACUUCACCCACACUACGGCAAGUCCUGGCUGGAAAAACGCACGCCUGACUACAAGGUUUAUCUAGAUAAUGCUUUGGAGUCCUGGAUUAGGCCAGAGGAAGUGAGAAUUUUUCAGCAUCAGGAAAAGCCAGUACUAAUGACAAACCAAGUGGCGAUGAGCAUAUCAAGGCCAGCAGCUGCCUCCAGGAAUUUCCACACUCUGCUUCUGACACCCAGGCGCAUUUCAGGUUGUCCAGUAGCCAUAAAACGAGUGCGGAGCAACAAACAGAUGGCUUUUGCAACAGCGGCACUUGUGGCUAUGGAAUCAGACAUGGCCCAGAGGCCAUCAGCCUCCUCAGCUCACCCUCUGCACUUUCUCUCACUGUCACCCAUUAAGAUCCCACUUCUGACUUCACCUAACCCCGGACCUCGAGGCUCAUGGGAAGGUCUGCUGACUCCUGUUCUGCCCACACAGCUCACUGCUGUGAGGUCCCUCUCUGCCCCUGCUUUGACCCUUCUGGCUGGUGACUGGAAAGAUAAAAAGGCUCCAGAAAAGAAACUGGAAUUGAGGAAGCCAUCCUGCACAGGAGCAUUGGUGCUGCACUCCAAUUCAACACCAGGGGACAAAGUCGAGGAUGAGCAGUUUAAGAUUAGCAUGGAUAUUGACAGCUCUCCUAAAGACAAACGGCCAGUUGCAUCCACUCCAGUGCCGGGAUCACCAUGGUGUGUGGUUUGGACAGGAGAUGAUAGAGUUUUCUUCUUCAACCCCACCAUGCAGCUGUCUGUAUGGGAUAAACCAGUGGAUCUUAAAGACCGGGGGGACCUCAACAAAAUCAUUGAAGAUCCUCCACAUAAACGCAAGAAGGACUUGUCAGAGGAUGGCUCAAAUUCCCCCUUUGCUGAUGAUGAGGAUGAAGACGAUGAUGAAGGAGACCAUAUUUCAAAAUCCAAACGCAACAAGUUGGAAGAGCCAUCUAGUAAUUCUGUGUCUGCCAGUGAGGAGCAGAAUACAGAGAGCUGCACAGUGUCCAAUCAGAUGGUCCUACCGCUCGAACUGCGGAUCACGCACUUCAGAGAUAUGCUCCUAGAGAGAGGGGUGUCUGCAUUCUCAACAUGGGAGAAAGAAUUACACAAAAUUGUGUUUGACCCACGUUACCUUCUCCUGGGGCCAGAGGAGAGGAAGCAAAUUUUUGAUCAGUUUGCCAAAGCCAGGAUAAAAGAAGAACAUAAAGAGAGAAAGAACAAACUCCAACAGGCAAAAGAGCAGUUCAGGAAAUUACUUGAAGAGUCCAAAAUUACAUCCAAGUCAACUUUCAAAGAGUUCUCAGAGAAGUACGGCCGAGACCCGCGCUUCAAACGGGUUCCCAAGCAGAAGGACCAGGAGCUGCUUUUCUUCCAGUUUGUCAGCGGGCUCAAGAAACGUGAUAAGGAAAACCGGAUGAGACUGAGAAAGAUGAGAUGAAGCCUCAACAUGCUGUGAAAGAAACUAUUUAGUUUUUACAGAAUGCCUUCUUGACAGGAAUCAAGUCAAACUGCACAAUGACACAAUAUGCCACUGCAUCUGACUAAGUAAAUGAAACCCAUUACAGCGUCUGCAGUUUUUAUUUGAACUCUGGAUUGUCAGAACAACAAGCACACAAACAGCAAAGCACCAGAGUCAGACGAGUUCGACUUUAGAGGUAGUUCAACUCUGAGAGUGAUCUGUUUCAUAUUGAAGCUCUUAAAACUCAUGUUAAAACUUAAUGUUGCAAGAUGUCAUAAUAAAAAAGAAAAAAAUAAUUAAAAAGUGUAUUUCAAUAAAAAGGCAAACUGUACUGUUGGAAGCCAUUUAUCUGAUCAUACAGAUAUUAAGUGAUUUUUUAAGGACUGUAAAUACAUGUUGAUAAGUGCGCGCUGUAAUGAAGUUUUGUGGAAGUGUAAUGUGAAAUAUGUGGAAUGUCACAGCAGAACGUCUGAUUCUCCACAGCAUCUGUGAGAGUUGCCAAGUUGUCAUGUUUUGGUGGAUUUUUUUCACGUUGUCUAAAGUGUUCGUUGUGAUUAAAAUUGUGCUUGCUGUUGGAAGAUUGAAAUCUUAAAUCUGAUUAAAUCUAUCACCUGUUCUUGAAUUUGUUCUGAAAUCAGAAUUCUUGCCAAUAAAUACAAUACAUUACACUACAUAAAAUGUAAUAGUAAACAUCAUUUAAUUAUCACAGAGGCUAUUUGUUCUGUCAGCAGAACCAAUAUUUUAAUGUUUCUGGUUUUGAAUUCCAACACCAACGCAAUGUUCCUAAACCGGUUAGAACAAAAUAAAUAUUAGGCUGUAUGUAAGCCUAAUGUAAUAAAAUUGUGGAAUUUGAACGA